AUGUAUACUGGCAUUCUAGAUUUUGAAAAUCAAACUGGAUCGGAUAUAUUUGAUCUUCUUGUAGCAUCUGAUGAAUUACUUCUUGAGGAAACGGUAAUCUUUGUACAAAAGUAUUUGAUUGAAAACGAAAGCAGAACUACAUGGUAUCAACGAAAUUUCAUCAAGGUUCUUCAUACGAGGGAAGAUUUGCAAAUUAAAGAAAUAGAAUUAUGGAAUUACCUUAUUAAAUGGGGAAUUGCUCAAACUUCGGAAUUGAAAGGAAAGAAUACGAAUAAUUUGAGUAGUUGGAGUAAAGAGGAUUUCAUUGCUUUGAAAAACACUUUAAGUCAAUUUAUGUUACACAUUCGAUUCUUAGAUAUUACUUCUAGAGAUUUUUAUAACCAUAUUUGGCCUUUUAAGGAGGUGUUGCCUGCAGAACUCUUUGAGGAGAUUCAUGCGACCAUCCUUGCAAACUGGAUUGAAGGGAAAGAAGCCGACGCAAAAAUCCCAAAGGACAGGUGUAUUUUAAUUAUCAAGGUUCAAGAGAAUGGGUCCAUAAUUGGAGGUUAUAAUCCACUCGGUGAUGGAAACAAUUUUAGAGAUUUUAAGCUUUGUCGAGUAACGAAUAGCAGUAGGGCAAUUUAUAACAACGAUUUGAAUUUUGGUAAUAGCGAUUUGGUUGUUAAUGUUAAUAAAGAAUUAAGGGGGAAGGACGUGUCUGAUUCAAGUAGUUGGAAUGAAGAGGAUUUUAUGACUUUGAAAAAUACCUUGAAUCAAAUUAUCAUGCACAUCCGAUUCUUCGAAAUUCCUUCAAGAGAUUUUUAUAAUAAGAUCUGGCCUUUUAAGAAAAUUUUAUCUCAAGAACUAGUUGAAGAAAUUUUGUCAUUUCAUAUGACAAAUGCUCAACCUAUUCCAAAAAUAACACCUCGUCAUGGAAGAAUUAAUGUUAAUUCAACGAUAAUUAAUUCGAAACAUACGGCCAUUAUUAAUAAUUGGAUUCAAAAGAAAGAUGCUAACGCAAAUAUCCAUAAUGAUAGUAGAUAUGAUUUUAAGCUUAUUUAUCGUGCAAGUAGAGAUGGUUCUGAAAUCACUCCUGUGACUUGUUCAUGUAGAUUGGGGAAUAAAGCAACGGUUUUGAUUAUUAAAAUCAGAGAUGAUGAAACUAUACUUGGUGGUUAUAAUCCAAUUGGUUGGAAGCAUAAUAAUUGUUUAUAUGAUCCAUGGGUGAACACAAAUGAAAGUUUUAUUUUCUCUUUUAAAAGAGAUUUGAAAGAUACAAAGCUUAGUAGAGUAUUAAGUUGCGUUAAGGCAAUAUAUGACACGAAUAACUCAUCGAGAUUGAAUUUCGGUAAUAGUGACUUGGUCAUUAAUUAUAUUAAUAAGAGUGGUACGUGUAAGAAAAAAAAUUAUGAAAUUAGCAUUUUUGAUAGGGAGUAUUUUAUGUUCGACGAAAUGGAGAUUUUUAGAAUUUUUAAAAGCAAAUAG